CAGUUCCAUACGACCCUUUUCCGUAUGGUAUGGCUAUCGAAAAUUUCAAGGUCUCAAAGUGCUGAGAGUGAAUGCUUGGUGCAGCUGCCGCCAACUGUAACAUUCCCCCCACGGCAUAGAGAAUAGAUAAUUCAUAAAAACCCGUUCAACAUAACCAUAGCAAAGAGUAGCAUGAAUCUGUCUACUCUUGCUCGUACCUCUCUGCUCCAUCUAUCUCCACUUCGCUCAACUUCUUCUACGAGGGAUAAUGCAACUGAAAGUGUUGCCAUCGAGGGUCGUAAUAUUAACUUCUCGGUUAAUACGAGGCAAGGCAGAAUAGUGCCAAUUCUGAAGGAUUGUUCAAUUCGGAUUCCUUCCGGACAGUUAUGGAUGCUUCUUGGACCUAAUGGUUGUGGUAAAUCUACCCUUUUAAAGAUCUUGGCAGGUCUUUUGACCCCUACAAAUGGGGCUUUAUACGUUAGGAGGCCAAAGAGUUAUGUAUUCCAAAAUCCAGACCAUCAGGUUGUGAUGCCUACAGUUGAAGCAGAUGUUGCAUUUGGCCUUGGGAGAUUAAACUUAACUAACUCUGAAGUUAGAUCCAGGGUGUCAAAAGCUUUGGAAGCUGUUGGCAUGUCUGAAUACCUACAGAGGCCAGUUCAAACACUUAGCGGUGGUCAAAAGCAAAGGGUUGCCAUUGCUGGUGCUUUAGCUGAAGCAUGUAAAGUUCUGCUUCUGGAUGAGCUUACGACUUUUUUGGAUGAAAGUGAUCAGAUGGGGGUGAUAAAAGCGGUUCAGAAUCUUUUGGAUAUAUCAGGAGAAGUUACAGCAUUGUGGGUGACCCAUCGUUUGGAAGAACUCGAGUAUGCCGAUGGUGCAGUAUACAUGGAAGAUGGAAGAGUGAUUAUGCAUGGUGAUGCAGCUAGCAUAAAUAAGUUCAUCAAAGCCAAGCAAUCUUCAUAUAUCAACCGUAUAAAUUCUUGAGCCAUUGCCUCUAUUUUUCGUUCUCUCUAUGCUGAUUAUCUUUUGUAUAAUAAAUUUACAAUGUUUGAGCAACGAUUACCAUGCCAUCUUACUGUGUUUUGGUAAAUUAAAUGUAUGUUUAUGAAUAUGAUUUUGGAGCCUGUUUGAACAUGCUUUGUUUAACUUUCAUCUAAUUUCACUGUUCCCAUCUCA